UUAGCGUGUACUUACAUCAUAUAUCAUAUAUGUGAUUGGUAGUGGUCUCAUUGGGAGUACUCUCAGUGCUGCCACCAAGGGCGGAUCGUAACCAUUAGUAUACAUGCACGAUGGUGUUGACCUUCUGUGUCGGUGUCUGUAGACUAAAUACUAUUGUGUCUUUCACUCGAUUAUGUAAGACAAAAACUCCCAAUGCAACUCAAGUUGCUUUCCUGACUCGAUUGGCCCGACAAGAACCCAGGAAGAAACCUGCCCCAUUUCCCUAUUGGAGGAAAUCGUAUAACUCGUUCCAGAAAUACUUUGAUCCGAUAAUGUUCAGGUUUGACGAUAACACACAAAUAGUGGUCGUGGAUGGUUUGCCUGCAGUAGGAAAAUCCAAAUUCUGUCAGAAAAUAGCUGAUGAGUUUGGUUUACUCUACAUGCCACCGCCGACGCAUGACCAAUUUUAUGUCAAUGUCUAUGGCUUCGACACUCGAGAACUGGAUCCCCAGUUGCCGUUUCUUACCAGAAGUUUCGACAUGCCACGAUUUUUAGAAAAUCCCCAUGACAAAAGGACGGCUCAUUUCCAAAUGUUAUAUUUACUAAUGAGAUACGACCAAUAUGCAAAUGCUUUGCUCCAUAUGUUAUCAACCGGGCAGGGAGUGGUUCUGAACCGGUGUCUUUACUCAGAUAUAGUUUUCACAGAGGCCAUGAAGAAUGCUGGGUAUCUUACCGACCAUGUGUUGCAACAUUAUAUGAAAGUUAGAGACAUUGCAAUGCAACUUGUUCAACGACCGCAAUUAAUAAUAUAUUUGGACGCCCCUGCAGAAAUUAUUAAGGAAAAAAUAAAACAGAGAGGUUUAACGUACGAAGUUAAUUCGAAAGUUUUCUCCACCGAGUAUCUGAACGAUCUCGAGAGAUUAUAUAAAGAGAAAUAUUUAGCACCAUUGGAAUCUCAUUCGCAUUUGUUGUUUUAUGAUUGGUCGAAAGAAACUGAUUUCACGACCAUAAUUGAGGAUAUCGAGAAUAUAAACUUUGAGAACCAUGCAGAUAAAGAAAAACUGAAAGAUUGGGUGUUCAAUACUGACACUGAUGUUAAACGCCUAAUAUGUGUAAAUAGUUUGGGUAGACAAAAAGCGUUCGGUGAAUUAUGUAUGGGUUUUGUACAAGAUUGUCCCAAGGAAUUAAUUUGGACGGGUGAUGAUUUAGUCCAACUGGACGAAGUGUUCGACAAUUGUGUUUCUGAAAAGUACCCUCCGGGAUACAACAUAGAAUGUGGCGAUAACAAAACGUGGACGUGGUCGCAUUUCGAUUUGCUUUCGGUACGUCGAACGCCGCAGGACUUCGUGAAUCGGGACAAAUAUAUGUCCUAAGAUUUGUAUGAUAUAGAAUAGUGAAAGUCGAAAAUAACAUGGAGCAUUCUCAUAAUGAAUGGAAGUAAUAUUAUUAUGAAAUAAAAUAAUACGAACAUA